CUUCCCCCCCCCCCCCCUUGGCGGAAGGCGGCGGCCGCGGGGGGGGGGGCUAACGAACCAGGCCCAGCGAACCGUUAGGAGGAAGCCACCGCCAAGCUAAGUUUGGCGCCAAAUCCUGAGUUCCUGCUUGAAGAGACCCUUCAAAGAGCUACUUACAUGUUCUCUAAUGAUCUUUCACCAUGGCAACCAAUAUGGAGGUGCUGGCUCAGCAAAUAGUGGAGACACAGCAGGUGGCUGAGGUCCAAACUGUCCAGUCAACCUUAUCUGAAACUCCAGUGAUGACCAGCCCUUCCCAGCGCAUCCAGAUAAUCUCCACAGAUUCCACUGUAUCAUCACCACAACGUAUUCAGAUUGUCACAGAUCAGCAAACAGGGCAGAAAAUUCAAAUAGUGACAGCAGUGGAUUCAUCAGUAUCCCCAAAGCAACAAUUUAUACUUGCUAGUCCAGAUGGUACUGGAACAGGGAAAGUAAUACUAGCUACACCUGAGACUUCUAAUACCAAGCAACUUAUUUUUACUACCACAGAUAAUAUUGUACCAGGCAGAAUACAGAUUGUCACUGAUUCUGCCUCUGUGGAACGUUUAUUAGCUAAAACUGAUGUCCAGCGGCCACAGGUAGUAGAGUACUGUGUUGUCUGUGGAGACAAAGCAUCAGGUCGUCAUUAUGGUGCUGUCAGUUGUGAAGGAUGCAAAGGCUUUUUUAAAAGAAGUGUGAGGAAAAAUCUGACCUAUAGUUGCCGCAGCAACCAGGAUUGUAUCAUCAAUAAACACCACAGGAAUCGUUGCCAGUUUUGUCGGCUCAAAAAAUGCCUUGAGAUGGGAAUGAAAAUGGAAUCUGUACAGAGUGAAAGGAAGCCUUUUGAUGUACAGCGUGAGAAACCAACCAACUGUGCUGCUUCAACAGAAAAGAUAUAUAUUAGAAAGGACUUAAGAAGUCCUCUGAUAGCAACCCCAACAUUUGUUGCAGAUAAAGAUGGGGCUAGAUCAGCCAGUCUUCUUGAUUCAGGGAUGCUUGUAAAUAUUCAGCAGCCUUUAAUACGGGAUGAUGGUACAGUGCUACUUGCUACAGAUCCCAAGGCUGAGACAAGCCAAGGUGCUUUGGGAACACUAGCAAAUGUUGUAACAUCACUUGCCAGCCUUAACGAAUCUCUUAAUAAUGGAGAUACUUCAGAAAUUCCACAAGAAGACCAAUCUGCAAGUGAGAUUACUAGGGCAUUUGAUACUUUGGCUAAAGCACUUAAUACUACAGAUGGUGCCACGGCACAGAAUCUAGCCGAUGGGAUGGAUCCUGCAGGUGGUGGAAAUAUUCAUGUCAUCAGUAGGGAUCAGUCCACUCCAAUAAUUGAAGUUGAAGGACCUCUUCUUACAGAUACUCAUGUGACAUUUAAGUUAACCAUGCCUAGCCCAAUGCCAGAGUACCUGAAUGUGCAUUACAUUUGUGAGUCUGCAUCACGGUUACUUUUUCUUUCCAUGCAUUGGGCCAGGUCCAUUCCUGCUUUUCAAGCACUAGGGCAAGACUGUAAUACAAGCCUUGUGCGUGCCUGUUGGAAUGAGCUCUUUACUCUAGGCCUAGCCCAGUGUGCACAGGUGAUGAGCUUGUCAACUAUCUUAGCAGCAAUUGUCAACCAUUUGCAGAACAGCAUACAGGAAGAUAAACUUUCUGGAGAUCGAAUAAAACAAGUGAUGGAGCACAUUUGGAAACUCCAGGAGUUUUGUAACAGUAUGGCUAAACUUGAUAUUGAUGGAUAUGAAUAUGCUUAUCUUAAAGCUAUAGUCCUCUUUAGUCCUGAUCACCCUGGUCUUACAAGUUCCAGCCAAAUCGAGAAAUUCCAGGAGAAAGCUCAAAUGGAGUUGCAAGACUAUAUUCAAAAAACUUAUCCAGAAGAUACUUACAGGCUAGCUCGAGUUCUAGUUCGCUUGCCAGCUCUUAGACUGAUGAGUUCCAGCAUUACGGAAGAACUCUUUUUUACUGGCCUCAUUGGAAAUGUUCCAAUUGACAGCAUCAUCCCCUACAUCCUGAAAAUGGAAUCAGCAGAGUACAAUGGUCAAAUAACAGGAUCGUCUUCUUAGAAGGAAUCAGCUUAUCCUGGUGGACCUGAAUACUAAUUUACUGAUUCCUUGGGAUAAGGUGUAUAAAAUGUUUUCAACACUUUUCAUUUUCUUGUUAAAAAUUCUUUUAUUCAAAAGCAAGGUUAAAAAAAAAACUACAGUACUUUUUUCUAGGACCUGUUUCUGCAAGAACAAAUAUUUGAAUUUCUUUUCCUGAAAGGCUACAGUGAAUUGAUAAAUAUAUAUUUAAUAUGCCUUUUUAUUUAAGCAUUAUCAAUGAGUACACUAUAGCUUCUCUUAUGACAGAAUGCACAUUAAAAAGAAGUAUAUUCAGAACUUUAGCUUGGAUUCAAAAGGUUCCAAGAUGUCUUCUGCAAAGAGACUUCCCUUCCCCCAGUCUCAGCCCUUGUUCUCUCCCCCUCUCCCAAAAUGAAAUGCCACUCCAGGACAGCAUGAACCAUAGCAUACUAGCCUGUUGGAGAAAAAAAAAUGUUUACAAGAUUCUUUUGAGCAAACAGGGCUUUGCUGGAAAUGUGCUUUGAAUUCAAUCUAUAUUGUGUGCAUACAUGUUCACUCACAUACAUGCAGAUAAUUUAAAGUUAGCAAGAUAUAGAAUGGUCAGCACUUCCAAAGAAUGUUUUAUGAAAGUAAGACAUUACCUUCAUAAUCCUGCUUCCUUGAAUAGGGUAAAUGAAUAGCAUUUUAAUUACAGAUGUAUACUAAUGAUUUCUAUGAAAACUUACAGCCAUGGCAGACAAUCAUUUAUGCUACAAAAUUUUUAAUUGCAUUUGUUUAUUAAUAACAUUAUUCUUUUAAGGAUGUUUGAAUUAAAUUCUGCUAAAUGAAUAGAAAUGUUUAUAGCAUAGAAAAAGCAUAAUGUUUAUGGCUCAACUGUAAACUUGAUAGACUAUAGAAGUUAUUUACACCGAAAAAUAGCACACUACUUAUAGUGAAGCACUUCUGAGAAUUUUAAGAUGCUUUAUGCUUGUUUGCCAAUAGGUUUAAAAAAAAAAACAAACCUGGGACACAUCCAUCAGUUUAAGUAAGACCCACAUGCCUUUUAUGGAUAGAUCAACUUAAAAAACAAAUUUCAUACUCAUUCCUUCUGAGAAUCACUCAUUCCUUCUGACUGACUUUGGCACAGUUCUGAGAUCACUAAAUUAGUGCGGAAUCUAUUGAUUACUGAGAUGUUGCUUCUCUGGCAAAAGAGUCCUAUAAUCAGUUUGGAGCACUCCAAUAACAAAGUGGUUCAACGUUCUUAAUGAUCUGCCAAAGCAAUCUUAGAAAGGUGGGAUGAAAGCAAGAAGGAGCUGUAAUAGCAGCAGUGAAAGAGAAUACACAUAGACCAGGGGUGUCAAAUUCAAGGCCCGGGGGCCGGAUCCGGUCCGCAGGGUGCUUAGAUCUGGCCCGGGGGGCUGCCCUGGAAAUAGCGAAGGACCGGCCUUGAUCUCUCUACCAGCAAAAAGGGAGCGUGGGAAGGCUGUGUGCGGCCCUCCCAAGCUUCGUUUUCACUGGCAGAGGGUUGCAGGAGACCAUCGCAGCCAAAAACGGAGCUCGCAAGGGCCGCUCUAUUUUUGCUGGCAGAGGGUUGCAGGAGGCCAUUGCAGCCGAAAUGGAACUUGGGAGCCCACUUUUGUUGGCACAGCGCUCGGGCCACCACAGGCGCCUCCGACAUGAGUGACAUCGAGCCCCCCAACCCUGAUGCGGCCCUCAAUGAAAUCGAGUUUGACACCUCUGACAUAGACUAACUUCUUUUGGUAUGUGUUUGGUGAUGUGGCAGAGGGUUUGGCUAGAACAGAUCCUGGGUUCUGCCUAGCCUGGUCAUCAGAGAAUGGUAUGACAUCAUAGCAGGGAAGCUUCUUAUAGUCCCUGCAAUAGUAUUCCAUGGGACCAUAAAGUUGUAUUCUAAGAAUUCAGAUUCUGAUUCAUUCAUUUUCUCAGUUUGCAAUACGUUCUGAAAUAUAUGCCAUAAUUUCUAUAGAAAUGAUGUCCAUAGUAUAGAAAAAAGAAUAGCCAUGUAUUUAUUUGUAUUAUGUUGUAUCUGUUUUCCCAAUAUUGCAUAUGUUCUGGAAUUAUUCAGAAUCUGAUAAGAAACCACCUGGAGUCACGGUACUAAAAAUGCUAUGUACAAUGAUCUGUCAAAAUAUUAAGGCUGGCCAAUUCUACUCAUACCCAGUACUGCUUUUAGAUUUCAUAUUAUAUUGCACAAUAUUUUCAAAUCAUAGUUAUAAUUUUUAUUUCAUACAUGUAUCACUUUUUUCAAAUUGACUUUUAUAUGAAAACAUAUUUCAACAAGUAUGUCAUUUAUACUCAUUGUUAAGUAUAUGGGUGGUUUCAGUGAGCAUUUUAGUAGAGACAUUUUAUAGUGAGUAUUUUAUAGAUGUUAAUAGAUGCAGGUACCAAUGAAGAAUAAGAAAGGUUAGUACAAUUUAAUAGAUGAACAUAAGUAAUGUAGUCUUACAGGUCUCUUUCCUCAAAAAAUAUCACUGAACUCAGCUUACUUCCAGUAUGUGUUUAUACUGCAUAAUUAUAAUUCAUUCAACAAAUUCCUAGAUAUACUCAAAUAUUUUAUAUUUAAUUCAACUUAAUUCAUAAAACACUGUUACACAGAAGCUGAAUUACUAUACUCCCUGAUUUUGCUUAAACAGGAGCUUAAUAUAAUUUGCACUGGAAAUACAUUCUAUGUACAUACAUACUAUGACUAUAGAUUCAUUGGGAAGUACUGGAAAGUUAGCUGUUGUAUAAUAUGUGUAAUACUAUAUUUUUAAAGUAGCAAGAUCAGUUAGAAAUAGAAUUGAGUCUGUCCUGGAUCAUAGAGCAUAGAUCAUAAAUCUUAAAACUAAUUAUAGGCCAAAUUUAUAAAGUUAAAAAAUUGGAUAAGGAAAUAUUAUCAACUGAAAUUAUGUUUGAGCUCAAUUUUUAUGAAAUCUGCAGAAUAAAUUAUGUACACUAUUUUUAUUCUGAUAAUUUAUAACGCUAACAUAUAUUAAAAGAUAUUGUUUUACAACCCUGAUUGGUAUGGUGACACAUAUUUUUAAAACUAUUAGAGUAUAUAUAAUUAUGUAUAUCUAAUAAAAAUAUAUGCAAUUUGAAUAAUAUAAAAAUAGUAGUUUUGAAAAUAAUACAGUGCAAAAAGAAAUAAUUUGCUGAAUUCUGUACCAGAUUAGAUCCUCCAUAAACCAUUAAUCAGAUAUUAAUUUCGUUCUCUUGUAUUAAGUUGAAUAAAACUAGUUUACAUCAUUUGUUUUACUGAACUAGAGUUUGGACCAGCCAAAAUACAUUUUAAAUAACAUUAGUAUUUUAAUCGCAUUGAGAUGCAAUAUUUCAAUUAUUUAUUUACUUCCCAUUUCACCUAGCUGGUGUAUUAUUAUAAAAAUGUUUCUAUAGUUAUUCAUUAUCAUAGCAGAGAUAUGUAGUAGAUCUCACAACUACGGUAGGAAUUAUUUUUACAUUUAUGUUUUUCACUGCACCCAAGACACCAAGCAUUUUUUUUUUUUUAGUUUUUUUGGGAAGAUACUGUAAUAAUGAACUAUUUCAAUCCUUUUAAACCAAAAUCCUUUUGGUUUUUAUAAGAGCUCUGGAAAUUAUACUAGAUGCUAUGUAAAGCAUCUAGAAUUUCCAAUUUUCAAGGAAAGAAAUGUUGCACAGAAGGGCAUCAGAAAAAGGAUAUGCAAUAUAGGCCAUCCUUCAUGCACAACUUGUUGGAAUAUGUUUUCUGAAUAUAAUUUUCUUUUUAAAAGUAAGCAUUACUCUUAUGUGCACACUGAAAAUCUCUCAGUGUGUUUGGAAGAGUUUUGCUUUUGUUUUUCAGAUGGUAGCAGCUACCAGUAUACUACAAGAAACUAUUGAUUUGGGUGCUUGUAGAAAUAAACAUGACCACUGAGAAACUACCAUUCAGACAGAAAACAAAAAAUAGUCUUUUGUUUAUCUACAUUAGAAUCCAUUAGGUUCUAUCCAGUAUCACAUAAUAGAAGUUACUCUGCUUCUCUUCUAUUUGCAUUUUCCAGAUCUGCUUUAAAGUUCUGCUAAUCUACACCAGAUUUGCAGAGCUGCUAUGAGUAGAAUGAAUGCUCAGUGGGUAAUUAUCCUUGGGUCAUGCGCCUGUUAUCAGUGAAAGCAAUGGAGGUUUACCUAGUUGGUGUCAUAUAAUCCUGACCCUUUGUAAUUUAAGCUUAAAAUAAUUAUUGAAGGAUGUUUUAUCACAAAGUCAUAGCACUUUUAAAAAUUGUCAGUAAGUGGAAACUUUAAUAUCUAUUUCUCUGAAGGUGGACAUUUGAGAUGAUUACUGUUACCAAGCACACUUAUUUGAAAGCAGGAUCUCUCAGAUUACUGGAAUUUAAAUAUCCAUGUUGAGGAUCUACAUUUAAAAGAUGUCCUGAAUAGACGGUCUGUUGAUAAAUUGGAGUUACGAAUUUUAAUUUAUUUCAAUGGACUUGGACAUGCAUGACAAUAAGACUAAAAUCUCCUUGCUAUGGGAGAACUGUAUGGUAACUGACAAACCAUUAAAUAAUACAGUUUUCUUGAAGAUUUAAUUAAAUAAAAGUGAAUUGUAAUUAAAUAUAAGUAAAAUGAAUUAAAUAAAAGUAAAAAUUGUAAUUUUAAGUAUGUGUACAUAGGUGGUUAUUAUCAAAAAUAAUUAGAUAUGUCAUUUAGAGUUCAGUUCGAAUAUGCCAUAUAACAGGAAAAGUGGGUUGUGUUUUUUUUUUAAAUCUUAGGACUUGACCAAGCUCUUGAGCACAAUCAAAAUAGUGCUUUGGAUGCUGGCCAUAUUUAUUUGUUUGUAUGAUGUUUAUGUGUUAGUUUCUAACUUUGUUCAGUACAUGUACAGUGUAAUAUAAAAUGUGUAUGUAUGUAUGUAAAAUUAUGUACAGUCAUACUCAUAUAUACCAAAUUUCUAUAUGUUAAAAAAAGAUUUAUAAUUGCAUUGCAAAGCUUGAGCUUCCUACAUUUUAUAUUUUGUUCAAAGCUUGAUACAAACAUAUGCCUCCCUCUCCUUUUUCUCAGUAGGGUGGGCUAUUGUUUUUAAACCUAGGAUGUAAUUGCACUUUGUCUUAAAUACUGAAAGAAACUAUUGAACAGUUCCAAUUUUAUUUGUUAAUAUUCAAAAGCCCAGCUGAAAUUAUGGAGAUUGUGCAGUGACGGUGGUGGUGAACUGUGGACCAUAAACCUUUCUGUAUAUUCUCAAUGCCUGCAAAAGAGGCUUUUUGUAUUUUUCCUGAGCUUUUCUUUUGUAUAGUCGUCUUUUUCAGCAUAUACAUUUUGAUCAUUGUGUAUUUUAAUGUUAUCAGUACAUCCCUUCCAAGUUGCUGAUUAAAAUGAACAAGGCUGUCACAACAGAUGAAUCUAAUUUUAUAUUGUUAGCUGUCUUAUUUAAUGAGCAUAAGGCUCAUAAACACUGUGUCAUGAAUGUCACUAACUGAUUCAGAUAUGAUAUCUUCAAAGUAAUACUUUUCUUUCUUGUGGAAAAACUGGCAAAAUAACCAUCUUAAAUUUAAGUUUUUGAAUAUACAAGUGGUAUAAGAUUCUACCUCUUGUGGUAACAUCUCGUACCACUUCAUGCUACCAGUGAAGUCUUGGAGGAUGUUUCAAGUAAGCUCUGAAGCGAACUAGUGCAUCCCAAAUUUUUGGUUUCACUUUCUAUUACCUUUGAUUCCUCUCCAGCCUCUAUCUGUAAAAUUUGGGAAGGGAGAAUGUUGUCAUAUUAUUUGGCCAGAAGUUGCAUGUAAAACAUUGUAUUAUAUGGACAACUGAGUCCCUUGGGCAUAGAAAUGGGAUAGAAUGGCAUAGAAAUGGGAUAAAUUAAAUUAAAUUAAAUUGCAUUAUUUCUGUCUUUUUUGAAAAUUCAGGUAGUUUGUAGUGUAUGGAGAGGCAGGCCUUGAUGGGAAACUUGCAUUUUUUUACUUUUAAAACAGCUUUUUUCUCCAUGCCUUGAUAACUACUUCCAAGUGUGGUUAAAGAAGAGUGUUAAAAUCCUGCUCUCGGGCAUUUGAGGAUCAAUUUUCAUGGAGCCAUACAGAGAAAGAUUAUGAAAAUGAACGCUGCUGAUAAAGUUAUAUAUAGUGUAGCACUUGCCUAAUCGGCACUUAAAAUACUUGAGUUGUAAUUGAAAGUCUAUAAAAAAUAUCAAAUGAAGUGGGAUGCAAUUCUGAAGAAUUCCUAAAUAUUUUUGAAUUUAUAUUUUUCUGUUUUCUAAUCUGUUUUAAUAAUUUUUCUUUGUUUUAAAACCAUUUUUGGUUAAAAGCAUUCAUUUUAAAUUGACUGAAACUGAAAUUCUGUUUCAUAGUUACAAUAAUUGGAUUCAUCAGCCAUUCCAUUUAAAAUUGAAUAGAAUUUGUCCAUUUCUAAUUCUGUGAAAGAUUAAAAAAUAAGAGUUUUUGCUUAUUUGAAAAGCUUGCUUGGAAUAUGUGUAAGAGACGGCAUUUCUCAUUCACUGGAAGCAGAAAGAAUCCAAGAAUUGUAGGGAAUCAUCCUGAUACUGCUGUUCAGACAUGAUAGCUUUAACUUUUUGCCAAACCUGUUUACACAAUGCAGUAGCAAAAUCAAAUACGUUGUUAGAAGAGUAAAAGUAACUUGGUACUAGACGUAUGAUACUGAUUUCAUAUUCUAGUCAGUUUAAAAAAACAAAACUAAACCAACAGCUAGAUAAGUUUUACUUGUGUAUUGUCCAAAAGAUAACAGCAAUCAGUACCUUAUUUUUUUGGUAUCCACAGAAUUUAUAUUCUGAAAAGGCUUCCAUAAUUAUGUACUAAGUAUAAUGUAAAGCCAAUGUUCUCAACAGUUUUAUAGUUGAAAAGUAGUACUUAUGUUUACAAUUGUAAGCAUUUGAAACUCCCUCAAGCAUUAAGCUUGUAUGAAAACUAAUGUAUUUGCCAUAAAAAGAAUUGUGAUAAUAUCCAGGGUUAUGUUUUAUAGCUCUGUCCUUUGUACUGUUUAUUAAAAAGUCUACUUUUUUUUAGUUCAGGUUUAAAACCUGCUGCUUCUUCUCAGUUUCUUUUGUGAAAUCAGCUUUGGAAAUUUCAUGACAUUUUAAGUUUUUUUUUAUCUUAACUUUUGGAUCCAAUCAAUGUCUUCAGUUUGGAAGAUAAAUUUGCAUUGUUGUGUGUGUAUAGAGAGAAUUGCAGUGCAUGCUUAUGCAUUUUAUUAAAUGCUGUCUAAAUGUGUCCUUACAUUGUUGUGGCUUAAUGUUGCAGUCUACAAGAAAUUUAUACUAUUACAAUAAAUAAAAACUCUUAUGCA